UCUCACUGACGCGGACGCGCACUCGGCACCCCACGGCACGGGACAUAAAUCGCCUCUCAAGGAACUUUUAAACAGUUACUGAUUGCACACCGUGCAUCUGUUUCCAUCUUUGGAUAUACGGCAAUAUUUGAAGACUAAAGCAGUGACUCCACCAUGGGAACUAACCCAAAAAGGACAGUGACAGUCCAGAUGGUGCCUCAGCUGGCUGGGGUGGACACACUGGGCAACAAGGAGUCUAAUGCCAACUGGGCUAAAGAACCCAACCUCAAAGUCUCUCAGGUUUGUCCAAAACCCACCGUCAGAUCUCCCGACAAGCAGGAUAACCUAUCUCUGACGCCUGCUAACGCCAUCCCACACACACAAAAAACAGCCUGCAAGGGAGUGGAAGCAGUUUCCACUGUGUCAGACAUAUCAGUACAAGGCAAUGGAAACCAAAUAAAAUCUGAGUAUGUCACAGGUGGAGACCACCACACACCAAACCUGUCUGUAACAGGCCGAGAUGUGGGUGAGGCAGGAGCUGACCAGCGGGAUUCUAAUGCUAACGUGAAAACAUCAAGCCCAACUAAUGAAAAGGGUGCGUGUAAGGCCAGUUCACUGUCUGCUGUCACAGCAUCGGGAGUCGACAUGCACAGCAGCGACUGCAAGAUAAAAAGCCCAGUUGCACCAGAGGAGAAGCGCCCAAGGUUGACACCCUCGGCCGAAACCACAACACAAGAGAAAGGUCAUAAACGUGUUUCUCCGAAUGACAAAAAAAGUAAUGACAGUGACUUCAGGAAAACAGCAUCUGAAGUACAACAAGAUAAUAAAGGAAUCAUUUCUGACCCCAAAAACAAGGAUACUGCUAUAGCACAAAAAACUAAAGAGACUGAUCACAUGCAAAGUUGCUCAUCAAGCUCUGUUUCUUUGCAAGAUGCAUCAAAACCUAAACAAAGCAUGGAAACUCCACUAAGCUCAGCUAAACCUCCAUCUAAGAGUAAGGAUGCAGGAGCUGGGUCGACAAAGAAAAACUCAUGUUCCCCAGACCCAGAGAAGGAUUUCAUGCCAGUAAAGAGAUCACAAGUCUCCACAGAUAAACAUCAGCCAGUGUCCUCACAGAAAGACUCCUCCUCUCUGCCCCAGGCUACAAAAACCAUGCAGGCAUCCGGGCAGGUGGCUGAAGGCAGCAGCCAGAUGGACACAGCUGUCCUUGAAGGGCAGCAGCACUGCAAGCUCUACACAGAGGCUUCGACAAUGACCUCAUCGCUAUCACCAGCCCCACUCAAGAAGUGUCAUGAUAUGGAGGUUCAGGCAGUUGCUAAAAUGUGCAGUAAGGCUGUGGCCACAAGUCCAAGUCUGUUGCCCUUCCCUGUGACUCGCAGGCAGAGCAGCGGUGCAGUCUCUGGGGAGGAGAACCUGGCUGUACUCUACCAGGUGAAAGAUGGUGCCUCGACUGAUCCGAGGUCAGAGAGACUCACUGUUGAGGCACAGGUGUGCCCCAGCCAAAACACUGGUGUGGUUUUCCACUCAGAAACUUUGUCACAGCAGCAUGACUCCAGGCUAGGAGCCAAGCCUAAAGAACCGGGCGCGGCUCCGUGCAACAUCCAGCCAGUUUAUCAAAUCAACAUUGAACACAGCAACCACAAGAAGCAAGGCGAGCUCCACAAUCAAACCACUCUCCAGACAUCUGCAGCAAAAACAGCCACUGCUGAAACUCCUUCUCUCAAAUCAGGGAUGCCCUUGGAGACAGCCGUUGUUUCUGUGUCUGGAUCUGCUGACAGCAACAGUGCUGUGCUGUCCCUGCCAAAAACAACAACAACAACAACAGCAAACACCACAUCCAAGUCAGAUCUCACUAAAAAUAGAGAUGUGAGUGCAAAAGAAAAAAUUGAAAAAGCAGGAAGCAAAGCGCAGCCUAAAGAGAGAAAUUCUGGCAAGCAGAAGAUAGAACCGGACAGAAAUGAUGAAGAGGAUGAUCAGUCACAGAAGCAGAAAGGAAAGAGCGUCCAUGAUGUUGUCUGGGAUGAGCAGGGCAUGACUUGGGAGGUCUACGGGGCUUCUGUUGACCCUGAAUCCCUUGGCUUUGCAAUUCAGAGCCAUUUACAGAGCAAAAUAAAGGAGCAGGAGAGGAAACUGAUGGCCCAGACCUCCCUCCGAAAGUCAAUCUCUGGUGUUGAUUCGCCGCGAUGUGGCAGUAAGAACAAAAGGAGGCAGCAGAACAUUUUCAGGUCAAUGCUGCAAAAUGUCAGACGGCCCAACUGCUGUGUGCGCCCCCCUCCCUCCUCCGUCCUCGAGUAGCACAGGACAGAGGUAGCCAUUGUCAGACUCCACCCUUUUCCUAGAGGUCAAAAUGUUUGUCCUCCCCUCAUCAAGAUUUCAAUGCCAAGUGAAACAUUAAUGGGACGCCGAUCCCUGUAAGUAAGUAUACUGGAAUGUUGUAGCAUAAAAGAGUCAAAUACUUGUGAUGUUUGUGAUCCAACAAGGUAGGAAAUAGAAAUAUAAAAAGGAAAAAAAAAAAAAAAAGAUGUUUUCUAGAAA